AGACGACGGGUCGUAAAAACCCUCGAAUUCGAAGAAGCAGCCAAGAACCUAGCAAGCGAGACUAUCAGAGCUCCCCGCUCUCCUUUUCGUACUCGCCCCAGCGGCGAAGUAGAAGAGAGGAAGAAGAGGGAGAGAGAAAGUGGGAAAGAUGGGGAGGAAGGGGCAGAAGAAGGGGAAGGGAGGGGAGCAACAGCCGGGAGUCGUCACCGAGGCCACCCUCAUUCGAAUAGGCAAAAUCCUCGAGGGUUUUCGAGUCUCAGAUGCCGAAGUUUACACAUUUGAACCUGGUUUGUCGAAACAUGAUCGAGCUGCAAUUCAUGAAAUGUGCAGAAAAAUGGGUAUGAUAUCAAAAAGUUCUGGGUAUGGGGAGCGUAGAUGCCUUUCUGUAUACAAAAAGAGGAAGAAACAGGGAGCUAUUAAGAAUGAAGAAGAAACUGUUACUUGCUUGAAAUUUUCAGAAGAAACAAACAAUGUUUUACGGGACCUAUUUACGCGUUUUCCUCCUGAUGAUGGAGAACUGAGUGAAGAAGCACUCAGGAAUUCUAGCAAAAAGGCAGGUAAACGACAAUGGAAGCAAGAUAGUAGCUUUUCCAGGCCAUCAAUGCGCAAGUCUGAAAUUGCAAAGAAGAUGGAUCAGCUUGCAUCUAAAAUAAAUGAGUCCGCACAGCUGAAAAAGAUCAUGGAAGACAGAGCUAAACUUCCAAUUGCAUCAUUCAAGGAUGUCAUCACAUCAACAUUGGAAACUAACCAGGUGGUGCUGAUUUCUGGUGAGACUGGUUGCGGUAAAACUACUCAGGUCCCUCAAUAUAUCUUGGAUCAUAUGUGGGCAAAAGGUGAGGCAUGUAAAAUUGUGUGUACACAACCCAGGCGCCUAUCAGCCAUUUCAGUUGCUGAGAGAAUUGCUUAUGAAAGAGGGGAAACUAUUGGAGAAAAUGUUGGAUAUAAGAUACGCCUGGAGUCUAAAGGUGGAAAGAACUCAUCCAUAAUGUUCUGCACUAAUGGAAUUCUUUUGAGAUUAUUGGUCAGCGGAGGUGCAAAUUCAUCCAGGGAAGAAAUGGGAAACAGGAAACUCGAGGAUGGUGUCAUGGGAAUAACCCACAUUAUUGUGAGACCUCCUGCCUUCAUUUCCUCAUCUACGAAUGAUACUUAUGAGUGCUACCAUUGAUGCUGAGCGAUUUUCGCAGUACUUCAAUGGAUGCCCCAUUAUUCAGGUCCCUGGCUUUACAUAUCCUGUCAAAACUUUCUAUUUGGAGGAUGUCCUUUCUAUCUUAAAAUCUACAGAUGAUAACCAUCUGAAUCCUGUGGCCACAAGUGGUGUGGAGGAAGGCACUUCAUUGACAGAAGACUACAAAAAUGCCCUAGAUGAAUCGAUCAAUCUGGCUUUGUCAAAUGAUGAAUUUGACCCACUGCUAGAACUGAUUUCUUCUGAGCAAACACCAAAAGUCUACAACUACCAGCAUUCGUUGACUGGUGUAUCAUCAUUGAUGGUGUUUGCUGGGAAGGGUAGAAUAGGAGAUGUAUGCAUGCUCCUGUCAUUUGGUGCUGACUGCUCUUUAUGUGCCCAAGAUGGAAGCUCUGCUCUGGAUUGGGCUCAACGAGAGAAUCAGCUCCAGGUCUGUGAAAUUAUUAAAAAACACAUGGAGAAAGAUAUAUCAAAGUCAGCAGAGGAGGAGGAGCUACUUAGCAAAUACCUAGCAAGCAUUAACCCGGAGCACAUUGACACUCUACUGAUAGAGAGGUUAUUAAGAAAAAUAUGUACUGAUUCCAAGGAGGGAGCUAUCCUAGUGUUUCUUCCAGGAUGGGAUGACAUAAAUCAAACCAGAGAGAGAUUGCUUGCAUCUCCAUUUUUUCGAGAUCCAUCGAAGUUUGUGAUUCUCUCCCUCCAUUCUAUGAUUCCAUCUGCAGAGCAGAAGAAAGUUUUCAAAUGUCCACCUGCUGGUGCCCGUAAAAUCAUUCUCUCAACAAACAUUGCAGAGACUGCGGUUACCAUUGAUGAUGUUGUGUAUGUUAUAGACAGUGGUCGGAUGAAAGAAAAAAGUUACGAUCCUUAUAACAAUGUAUCUACUCUGCAGUCUUCUUGGGUUUCAAAAGCUAGUGCAAGGCAGCGUGAGGGACGUGCUGGUCGUUGUCAGCCUGGAAGUUGUUACCAUCUGUACUCGAGAACACGUGCAGCAUCUCUACCAGAGUACCAAGUUCCUGAAAUAAAACGGAUGCCAAUUGAGGAACUCUGUUUGCAGGUCAAGUUGCUUGAUCCAGAUUGUGGAAUAGUAGACUUUUUGCAGAGAACUUUGGACCCUCCAGUUCCAGAAACUAUCCAUAAUGCAAUCAUUGUUCUUCAAGACAUUGGUGCCUUAACAGAUGAUGAAAAGCUUACGGAUCUUGGGGAAAAGCUUGGUUCCCUUCCUGUUCAUCCAUCAACCAGCAAGAUGCUAUUAUUUGCUAUCUUGAUGAAUUGCCUAGAUCCUGCAUUAACACUAGCAUGUGCAUUAGAUUAUAGAGAACCGUUUAUUCUGCCAAUGGCUCCUGAUGAGAGGAAGAGAGCUGCAGCAGCCAAAGUUGAACUGGCUUCCUUGUAUGGUGGCUAUAGUGAUCAGCUUGCAAUCGUUGCAGCAUUUGAUUGUUGGAAGCAUGCAAAAGACAGGGGUCAAGAAUCACAGUUUUGCUCCAAGUAUUUUGUCUCUUCAAACACCAUGAACAUGUUGUCUAACAUGCGGAAGCAGCUUCAGAGCGAAUUGGCAAAAAAUGGUUUUAUUCCUUUGGAUAUAUCUAACUGUAGUUUAAAUGCCCAAGAUCCAGGCAUCCUGCGGGCGGUCCUCAUGGCUGGUACUUAUCCCAUGGUGGGAAGAUUGCUCCCUUGUCGCAGAAAUAGUGGUAAAAGAGCUAUUGUGGAGACAGCUAGCGGUGCCAAAGUUCGUUUGCAUCCACAUUCCUUGAACUUUAAUUUAUCUUUUAACAAAUCUACUGGUAGCCCGCUUAUAAUUUAUGAUGAGGUUACCCGUGGAGAUGGGGGGCUGUACAUAAAAAAUUGUUCUCUGGCUGGGCCAUAUCCAUUGUUGUUACUUGCAAUGGAGAUGGUUGUUGCUCCUGCAAAUGACGAUGACGAAAGUGAUGAAGAUGAAGAAGCUUCCAGUGGUGAGGAAGAUGAGAUGGAGAUGAACACCUCUUCUGAAAAGAGGGGAGAGGAGAUUAUGUCUUCUCCUGAUAACACUGUAUCAGUUGUCGUUGACCGAUGGCUAAGAUUUGAAUCAACAGCACUUGACGUUGCUCAGAUUUACUGUUUACGAGAACGGCUAUCUGCUGCUAUCUUAUUCAAAGUUAAAUAUCCACAGGAAGUUCUACCUCCUGCACUUGGAGCAUCCAUGUAUACCAUUGCUUGUAUUCUUUCAUAUGAUGGAUUGCCGAGUAUGGUGCCUGUCGAAUCGAUGGAUCCCCAAAAAUUGAAGGCAGAUGCCACUGACACGAAGCAGGGAAGAAGAGCAACUGGAUAUAUUUCACCUGGCAAAUUCCUUAUUUCUUUGAUCUCGGAUAAAGGCAGAAAAAAAUCUCAUUUCCACAAGAACAGGGUAUCAAUGCAUGGUAGUGCCAUCUCAACACGCUCGCUGCCACAUGCCUCAGUUGACAGGCUCCAACAACAAGGGCCUCCCUUAGAUGGAGGAGGUUCUGGUGGUGCUGCAUCAAGGAUCAGGUCGUUUAAACGGCAGCGUGAAAGUGGGUCCCAGUGAGAAGGAAGUGAUGGGUCUGAAGCCCAUUUUUAAUCAUUUUCGACUAUGUUGGCUUGAUAUCUAGGCCCCAUUGAGGUAUCCAUAUGAUGUUAAAAUUGGAUAGGUCUACCCAAGGGUUAGCAAUGGAUUAUUCUUCAAUAUCUAACCAAAAUCUUUGGUUAUCUUUUGAGGUACUGCAGGACUUUAUUCAACAUCAAUGAUCAAAGCAAAAUGUUUGUGAUGAAUGCUUUGAGUUGUUCAGGAGACUGCCUGCUGCCACGUAAGCUAUUUUGCCUUGGACAUAAGUUCACCAGAUGUGUUCUGCUCUAUAGCAAUUGAUUUUUUACUCUAUUGCUUGUUUCUUACUGAUCCGGUGAUUCUGACUGCACUGGUUAAGGACUCCAUUUGGUGGCAGCAUGCUAGAGGUCUUGAGAAGUUGGUUCAGCUUUCCACUUUAUUUAAGAAAGUGGUGGGAUCUGUACUGCUAAUCAAUGUGUUAAUGCAGUGAUACAAUCUACAUCUUUGUCAGGAUUGUUAGCAGGUAUGGAGCCUUUGAGCAUGUCACAGAGCAACGAAAACAGUAGCGAAACAGAGCAGCAGAAGAAAGAAUGGGGCAAUUGUUGAUUUCAACAGGGCUAUUUCAGUUAGGAAAACAGAAAUACUUGUAGAAUAAUAUAUAUUUAUUAAUCCUUCGUCACUUUAGUUUUUAUAAAAUGAUCCUCUUGUCUGGUGAUUCUUAAUAUGAUAUUUAUUAACCUAGACAUUCUUUGGCCAAAAAAGCUUGGUCUGGA